AUGUCUCAGACGCUUCCCAAGAUUGUCACCCGCGCUUUGGGCAAGAAUGGGCCUCAAGUGCCUCGCCUCGGUCUCGGCCUCAUGGGCCUGAGCGGACACUACGGCCUGCCAGCCCCGGAUGAGCAGCGCCUGGCCUUCUUGGACAAGGCGUAUGAGAUGGGCGAGACGUUCUGGGAUACUGCCGACAUGUAUGGCGACUGUGAGGACCUGUUGGGAAAAUGGUUCGCGGCCAAUCCAGGAAAGCGAGACAAUAUCUUUCUCUCGACCAAGUUCGGUUUGCGGCCAGAAGGCAACAGCAUCAACGUGAACUCGUCUCCGGAGUACUGUCGAGAGGCUAUCGAAAAGUCGCUCAAGCGACUCAGGCUGCCAUUUGUCAAUCUCUACUACGUCCAUCAUCUCGAUAAAGUUACGCCAAUCGAAAAGACCAUGGAGGCCAUGGUCGAGCUCAAGAAGGAGGGAAAGAUCCAGCAUAUUGGUCUGAGCGAGUGCAGUGCCGAUACCCUCCGCCGUGCUUCCGCGAUCCACCCCAUCGCCUGUGUCCAAAUGGAAUACAAUCCCUUCACCUUGGAGAUUGAGUCGCCCCAGCGUCGCUUUCUUGAGACUGCGCGAGAGCUUGGAAUCGCCGUGGUCGCAUAUAGCCCACUCGGGCGUGGCCUUCUCUCGGGAGCCAUCCAGUCGAAAGAGGACGUCAGCAAGGCUGGCGAUGUGCGGACCAGGCUUCCUCGCUUCAGCGGCGACAAUCUGGACAAGAAUAUCGCGACCGUUGCGAAGAUCAACGAAAUCGCAAAGAGCAAGGGUGUCACCCCCGCCCAGCUGACGCUGGCUUGGAUCCUUGCGCAGGGCGAUGACAUUUUCGCCAUUCCUGGCACGACAGAGGCACACAGGUUGAGGGAGAACCUCGCUGCCAUGAGCAUCAGCUUGACUGCCGAGGAGGAGCAAGCAAUUCGGAAUGUGGCAAAGGAUGUUGUAGGACCCCGACUUCCAGAGAAUCUCCCUAGCGUGAACCCUUUCGGCGACACUCCGCCGCUGGAGUCAUGA